UAUCAGACCGGCGGGGGUUCGAAGAAGUGUGUUUGGCCAAUUCUGCAGUACCUGCUUUGUCGUUGAACAGCCCGUGACGUCACGAAACGCAGAGCCGCAGCAGCUGUCGGAUCACUUUAGCCGACUCUCUCGCGCGUUUCUCUUAAAGUGUUCGGCGUGCACCUUCUCUUUAUGGUAUUGUAUUUUACGUGUUAAUGUAGAGCCGCGGUGGUGGCGCAGGAAACUACGGGAUCAGGUGGAUGAGUUGUCAGUGGGGACGUCAGGAGCCAUAGCUACAUCACUGACCACACCAUUCUGAGGCAGUGGAUAUAUAUAUAUCAACAGGUAGCACAUGCCCUGAGUGGUGGCUGAGAUGACACGCACCCGCCAGAUCACCUCAACCAGCCUCCUUCUCUUCAGGAGGCUUUUAUUGGCACUUAUGACGAUACACACAGCUUUGGGGGGAGACAAGACAGAAAGGUGCGAUGGUCGAGACUGCAGGGUCUGCCAGUGUUUCCCCCCCAAAGGAGAGAGGGGGAAUCCUGGUGUGUUAGGUCAGCAGGGCCGGCAGGGGCUUCCAGGUUUGCCUGGCCCCCAAGGACUUCGUGGUGAAAAGGGUCAACGUGGACUCAUAGGCUUGCCUGGGCUCUCUGGCCCGGAAGGAGACCAAGGCUUUCAAGGAGAUCAAGGCUAUGCUGGAUUAGGUGGAGUGCCUGGUCAUCCAGGGCCUGGUGGUCUUCCGGGGCUUCCAGGGAAGGAUGGCUGUAAUGGAACCAGAGGGCAGCGUGGGUUGAAUGGUGAGAUAGGACGACCUGGCUUCCCAGGACCAAUGGGACUACCUGGGUUAAAAGGAGCCAAAGGAGACGCAUUUACAAGGACAAGGUUCCUUCCUGGAACACCUGGUGUCGAUGGACUACCUGGAAUACCUGGACCAGCAGGGCUAAAAGGGGUCUUUGGCCCACAAGGUCCACCAGGAGGAAUGGGACCUGAUGGAUUUAUGGGCUUUCAAGGAUUACCAGGUCCAAGAGGCCUACCGGGAGACACAGGAAGUUCACUGCCUGGACCAAAAGGAGAUGAGGGGGAACAGGGGAAACAGGGUAAACCAGGUCCUUUUGAAUAUGUGGAGCCCAACCCAGAAGACUAUGUGAAAGGCGAAAAGGGGAGGAAAGGUCAAAAAGGAAUUUGUGGAGCACCUGGCCCAGAGGGUCUUGAAGAGCCUCCAGCAGAAAAAGGAGAGAAAGGCAUAAUUGGUUUACCUGGUCAAAGAGGCUUGCCUGGAUAUCCAGGAAGAAAUGGCUUUCCAGGACUUAAGGGAGCACUAGGGGAUAAUGGUCUCCCUGGUCUAUAUGGCAACCCAGGGCCAAAGGGCUACUCAGGAGACCCCGGACCUAAAGGAAACCCAAAAUACCAUUACAACAAUAUGAUGGGACCAACUGGAGAUCGUGGGCUUCCUGGUGCAGCCGGACUUCCUGGGGAUAGAGGGGCGAUGGGUAUACCUGGACCCUCUGGUGAUCCAGGAGCAUCUAUAAGAGGUCCAGUGGGUGAAUCUGGUUUGCAGGGUCUUAAUGGACUCAAAGGAGAAAAAGGUGACCCAGGAAAAAUAUACGGGUCAUACUUAAACUAUGGGGAACCUGGAAAACGUGGCCCUACUGGACCCAAAGGACAAAAUGGAAUUCCUGGUAAUCCUGGUUACUACUGCGUGCCUGGUGAGCGUGGAGAAUCUGGACAGGUUGGAAAUAGAGGACCCCCUGGAUUAAAAGGUGUUCAGGGGAGAAAAGGCCCUGUUGGGGGAUGUGCAUGCGAGCCCCUUGGUGAUCUACCUGGUCAUCCUGGCCCCCCAGGCCCUCCGGGUUUCCGUGGUGAUCCAGGGCAAAAGGGGUUCCGGGGUCCUCCUGGUGAUGACGGAUUCAUCGGAGAGAUGGGUGGGAGAGGUGUAACUGGUCCCAGAGGCUUCACAGGUGUCAGAGGGCUUAAAGGAGAGAAAGGAGAAGUUAUGGUGAUCUGCAAAAAGGGGGAGAAAGGUGGCACGGGAUCUGUUGGACCAUCUGGAAAACCAGGGUAUAAUGGGAGGAAAGGGGCUGAUGGGAAAAUGGGUGCCCCUGGAGAUCCUGGAUCUCUGGGAGAUAGUGUUGUUGGUCCGCUGGGUGACAGGGGGUGUCCAGGAGCUGCUGGGGUAAAAGGCCUCAGAGGUCCACCUGGUCCUCCUGGCCCUAAUAUGAUGGGGUCAGUGGGGCGACGGGGAGAACCAGGGGAACCAGGACCUCAAGGUCAGACAGGGCCCCCUGGUCCUAAAGGCGUUCAAGGUGAUGCCCUGCCCUGUGAACCUGGCAUACAUGGAGCCCCAGGUUCUAAAGGAAUGCCUGGUCGUAAAGGUGAGAUAGGUCAGCUUGGAAAUCCAGGAUGCAAAGGACAAAUUGGACCAGAUGGUCCCAAGGGAGAGAGUGGAAAUCCUGGCGAUAGUAGGUUAGCAGGAUUUCAAGGUCCAGUUGGAUCUUUAGGAGAUCCAGGUGACACUGGGCCAGAUGGCACCAGUAUUAGUGGCUCACCUGGCACACCUGGUAAUCGUGGACCCCAGGGUCUGAAAGGGUCUUUUGGAGACUCUACUACAGGGGCCCCAGGACAGAUGGGGCCCGGUGGUAUUCAGGGAUGUCAGGGCCCUAAAGGUGUCCCUGGAUCUCCUGGGUCAAUUGGAUUGCAAGGUGCAUCUGGAGUCCCUGGACUUCCUGGUAGAAAAGGGGAAAAAGGAAUGGAUGGUACACCAGGAGCACCUGGUUGCCCAGGUGGGGGACCAGAGCUGUGUGACAAAGGACAAGCUGGUCCACCUGGUAAACCAGGACCACCAGGCUUCACUGGACAGAGAGGCUGCCCUGGAGAGAAAGGACCACCUGGGGGGGCGGGAUCUCAAAGCAUUGGAGCCAAAGGAGAACGUGGUAAACCUGGUACCCCAGGCUAUCAGGGACGCACAGGCCUUCAGGGACCUUCAGGACUCGAAGGGGACAGUGGAAACCCUGGAGCCCCUGGACCAAAGGGUUUGCCUGGAUUUCCUGGUCAAGAUGGCUAUCCUGGCAACAUAGGGAAGACUGGCCCUUUAGGGGCUCCUGGACCGAAAGGCUUUAGGGGUCUCAAUGGAUAUCCAGCUUGCCCAGGGGUAAACGGAGCCAAGGGCCAGAAAGGAUACAUUGGGCCUCCAGGACCUCCGGGAGACAUGAUUUCAGUGCCUGUGAAAGGCCAGCUAGGGCCACCUGGACUUAAUGGGGAGAAUGGGGUCUUUGGAGAAAGGGGUAAUAAAGGUGACCCAGGGCCGCCUGGACAACCAGGGUAUCCUGGACAUAAUGGACCUCCAGGGUUUGAAAGUGGCCAGCGUGGAGCGCCAGGCGUUCCUGGGUUGUCUGGCGAGCCUGGUGCACGUGGGCAACAUGGGCCAAAGGGAAUUGUAGGAUUCCCAGGGGAUAAUGGUGAUCCAGGUGAUCCUGGAAUGUCUGGUCUGCCAGGAAACCCUGGUUUCCCUGGGUUUGAUGGUCCUAAAGGUGACAAAGGGGAAUCUACUGGUGGGCCAGGACCAACAGGUGAGAGAGGGCCAUGCGGAUACACAGGCGUGUCAGCUCCCCCUGGUGACAAAGGAGACUAUGGUGACCCUGGCCCACAAGGGCCUAGGGGGAGCUCUGGUCCACCUGGACCACCUGGGAACAAUGGCCUGACUGGACAUCCAGGAGUGGUUGGACCCUCCGGUCCGUGUGGAAGACAUGGUCUAGAAGGUCCUCUGGGGCCUCCAGGUAAACCGGGCCCUAAAGGAAACCAAGGAUGCGGUGGUCUUAGAGGAUCUCCGGGGCCCCCCGGGCUCCAUGGACUUGAUGGCCUGAAGGGGGACAUGGGUGAAAUGGGAUAUCGAGGAGAGGAUUUAAGCGGUGAUAGGGGCUUUAUAGGACCAGCUGGAGACAAGGGCACUCCAGGAGACCCAGGGUUGCAAGGUCCAUCACAAACAGGUGUUCGAGGUCCAAACGGACAGCUUGGGGGCCAAGGAGACCCUGGUCCAAUGGGUCCUGCAGGCUUUCGUGGUGAAGAAUGUAAGAUUCCUAAACCUGGACCUAGUGGAGAACGGGGUUACGCUGGGCCAGAUGGAGCUCCAGGGCCCAAGGGAGAGAAAGGAGAGGCAGGCAGGGUGUUCACAGUGAGUGGUGAUUUUGGUGAACCAGGUGGUCCUGGGUCACCAGGGUAUAAAGGAGAAAAAGGAAUCAGUGGGCCCAGAGGCCUCCUAGGGUCUGACGGCCUAGAAGGUCCAAAAGGUGAAGGAGGACAAUGUGGACUUAUGGGCCUCCCGGGACCUUCUGGCACCAAAGGAGAUUGUGGACCCCCAGGACUUUGUGGUGCAAAAGGAGACAAAGGGGACCCAGGGCCAAAAGGAGAGACUGGGGCUGUCAAACGUCCUGCUACUCCUUAUCCCCUUCCUCGUGGUCCUACUGGUGCUCAUGGUGCACCUGGCCCGGUUGGUGACGUUGGUGAUCAUGGACCUAAUGGCAUUGGGGGUCUGAAAGGUAUAAAGGGACAAAAUGGAGAUAUUGGAUUCUCUGGAAGUUCUGGGACCGAAGGACCAGUCGGACUACCUGGAAGCCCUGGAGAGAGCGGCGAGAAAGGAGAAGGGGGCUCUCGGGGACCCCCAGGACCAGAUGGUGAUCAGGGUCCUCCUGGACCAUUGUCCUCCGGCUUUCUUUUGGUGAAGCACAGCCAGUCUGAGACUGUGCCCACUUGUCCUAAAGGCUUAACAGAGUUAUGGAAUGGCUACAGCCUACUAUAUCUGGAGGGUCAAGAGAGAGCACACACACAAGACCUGGGCCAGGCAGGUUCAUGUUUGCGUAUGUUCAGCACCAUGCCAUUCUCCUGCUGUAAUAUGGACACCUGUGAUUAUGCCAGUCGCAAUGACAAAUCCUAUUGGCUGUCUACAACUGCCUCAAUUCCCAUGAAUUCCAUUCUGAGGGGGAUGGAAAUUCAGCAACACAUCAGCAGAUGUGUGGUGUGUGAGGCGUCAUCGCCAACCAUUACAUUACACAGUCAAAACGGGACUCGACCAAGGUGUCCAUCCAAUUGGAGCAGACUCUGGUUUGGAUAUUCAUUCCUUAUGCAUACAGGAUCAGGGGACGAGGGAGGUGGACAGUCUCUGACAUCGACAGGAAGCUGUUUGCAGGACUUCCGCAGUCAACCGUUCGUGGAGUGUCAAGGUUCGUAUGGCACGUGCCAGUAUUCCCCCACCUUCUUCAGUUUCUGGCUGACCAGAGCGAGCGUGGAGCAAUUUGACUCGGUUCCCGACAGAACUGUGCUCAACGGACAGAACCAGCGCGACAGCAUCAGCUUAUGCGGUGUCUGCAUGAAGAACAACUGACACAAGUCUCUCGUGUUUUCCAAAAAAAAACUGCACUGGGAAUGCACAUCAAUAGGUCACUGCAGUGGAAGUGAUUGAGAUGCUUUUGGUCACUUUUUUUGGAGAAGAUAAAAAGGACAUAAUUUGUGACCGUUUUUGUUGAACUGCAGGCUGUGAACUUUUUACUUCACUGGAUUCGUUCCCACAUAGCUCAGUCUAACAUGACUUCCUUUAUGUCUUCUCGUUUGUAUUACAUUUUGGUGCUAGCGAAAACCCAAGACCAUUUGCACAAAU